UUAACCUUAGCAGUCAGUCAGCCGGUGUUGGCGGCGGUCGGUCAGCUGUUCCGUGACUCUCACCCGCUAUGUCUUCCGGCGCCCACUCCAACAACAGCAAUGGCAACGGAAACUCCCUCAAGCUGUAUUACCACCCCAUGUCCUUCUACUCGCAGAGAGUCCUCAUGGCACUGUAUGAGAAGCGUGUGCCAUUCAAGAGCCAGGUGGUGUCACUGUUCAACAAGGAGCAGUACAAGCCCUGGUUCCUGAGACUCAACCCUCGUGGGGAGGUGCCGGUCCUCACAGAUGGAGUGAAGGUCAUUCCAGACUCUGUGAGGAUUGUUGAAUACCUGGAGGACAAUUUCUCAAAUGGCCAGUUUGGACAGUUGACACCCCGGGAGAAAGGCAGCGAGGAGAGCAAGAAGAUUCAAGCCUUCAGGGAGUGCUUUGAGGGCCUGCCAGUGGGAGCAAUGACAUAUGGGACAGCUGGCAACCCUCACCUGUGGGAUAAUCCUAAGUUCCCCUUCACCCCAGCACUCUUCAAGCAGAUGGCAGAGAUGGCAAGGAUCCGUCACAUCAUGAUUAGAGGACAUGCAGAUAAGAACCCUGAAUUCCAAGAAACUUUGCUGGAAAAGGCGUCAGCAGCAGAACACGGGGACCAGAACCUAAACAAGACUGCAGAGGAGAUGGAGGAGGUAAUAAAGAAGUUUGAUUUAGCACUAGGAAGAGCUGAGGAGGAGCUGGCAACACACACGGGAGAACAUGCUGAUUGGUGGCUGUGUGGAGAACUAUUUAGCAUUGCUGACAUAGAUCUCUCCAUCCUUCUAAACCGUCUGUACGUGCUGGGACAUGAGAGUAGGUUUUGGGCAGAGGGUAAAAGGCCCCACCUUCAGGCUUACUGGGAUAGGAUACAGCAGAGAGUCUCCUUCAAGAGAUCAACCCACAUCUCCCUCGGUGGAGUUCAACUCGCCAGACUCCACCAGGCCUUCAAGGAGCACAGUGGAGUACUGGCCUCUGUGAUGGUGGCCCUGGGCUUGGCUGCAGUUUCCUAUGCUGUGUACCGACGAGUUAACAAGUCCUAGGGGGAACUCUGCGUGCAUGUUGGCGUGUGUUGCUGUAGGUAGUGCUGUGCUCACUAGUGAGAUCUUGGAGGAGGGCAGGUGGUGAUGCAGUGUGUAGGAGACCUGAGCCACAGCCAGGAGACUCAUGCCACUCAUUCUUGUGUGAAUUAAGUAGUUCAUUCCAUGCCUUGUUGGAAGUUCAUGUGUUUAAUGAUUAUGUACCAUUAGUAUUGUGUUGUUUUCUUUCCUAUGAAUUGAAUAUUUGUUGUAUUAAUAAGGCAUUCAUUUAGGUAUAUUAUGGGUAAUUUUCUCUAGUUAUAAUAUUCAUUGAUCUUGUACUUCUGGCAAAAACACCCAAACUGCCAUUUUUUUUACUGACUAUAAAAGAAUGUCUCCAGACCACACAAUACUGAGUGGCAUCCAUUCAAAACUAUUGUACAUUGCAUCAUCAUAUCAGUCAUGUGUCUGUCACACUCAGUAUUGGCCUCUUUCUGAGCAGCGGGAACCCCUGGUGGCGUAGGUGGUCAUGAAGUUUUGGUGAAAUUUUCAUAAGAAUGCUGCUGUGUUGUUUCUGUGCUGAACGUGCUGAAGGCAGAUGAAAUGAGGCAUCCUGUUGGAGGAGGCACACUUCAGCCAGUUUGCUGAAAGGGGCUUUCGACUCACUAGACUACUUAAGUCUGAGCACAUCCUCAAAUGCCCCGCACCUCAAAUGUAAGGUGAAAGUUUUUAUUCCAGUGUGAUGGAAGUCUAACAAGAAUCUUGAUCUGUGUACUAAAGCAGAGAGAUGAAUUUGUGCAUGAAACUUGGACUGUAAUUUUAUGUCCUAAAGUGCAAGAGAGAGAGAUGAAUAAUUUGUUUUUUUAGAGAAGGAACUGCAUAGGAAAAAAUACUUCACAUUUGUGUUGUUUGAAGUCCAGAUCAACUUUGUGAAUUAAUGUCAUGUAAAAGGAGUCUGAGAGAUCUGUCAUGCCAUAGAUUAUAAGAUAUUAACUUGAAAUAGUAUAAGGCUGUUUGUCAGUUGAGUUCCACUGAUAUUGAAACCCAGUAGAUGAGGAAUGUCCUCCAGAUGUUAGUGGCUCUUCCUGUAAGGGCAGUGAGACCUCCAGUUAUUGUAGGAGAUGAGAUAGUCGCAUAAGAAGAAAAAGAAUGGUGUACUACCUCAUUGUAAGUGUUGAAUUUUGUGUGUAUUGAUUCUAUUGUUGAUAGAUUUGGUUGUAUAAAUUCUCCCUGGAUGGGUUAUUGUUGCUGCACAAUACAGUAUCUGAUCAAA